AUGGAUGACUGUUAUUUCUUUCUUUAUUCUUCCUGCAAAUUUAAAGACAGAUGUACGUAUAGACAUAACGAAGGCUGCAGAAACAAUCUGGUCACGUGUAAGAACUGGGAAUCUAAGAUCCCAUGCAGCGAGGAUUGCCCAUACCGGCAUUCGAAAUUCCAUCUCAAAAAGAACCGCCGUGAGGAGAUGUGUUACUGGGAAGAUAAGCCUGGUGGAUGUACCAAAGAUAGAUGUGAGUAUAGACAUACAGAUCCCACGAAGGAUGCGUGGAAGACAAGGGCAUCCUCUGAAGAGCCUGCAAGGCUGAGACCGAGCAUAUCCCCGUCUUUAGGAUCUGAGGGGCACCAUAUCUCAGAGGAUACCAGACUAAAGGAUUAUGAAGAAGUAAUGAGCAUUCAAGACAAGCCAACGGGUUCUAAAGAUAGCGCUUCCGCAAGCAAAGAGUUUGCAGAGGAGGAGAAUAAAGAAGACCAGGAUUCUCAUGAAAACUCUGUACUUCCGAAGAAGGAUGAAGACAUAGACAUCCCCUCAAAAAUAGAGCUGAAAAACAAUGUUCUUGAAAGGAGUCCUUCUGAAAACACACAAGAGCCUCAAAAUAAAAGAGUCAAAACAGAAGAUCCAUUAGAUACUAUAAGCAAAACUGUUGUAAACUUGGAAGAACUAGACAAGGAGAUUGAAGAGCUGGAUAGUAUUCUGAUGAAGUAA